AUGGUUUUGCCUAUAAUAAUUGGUUUGGGCGUGACAAUGGUUGCUCUAAGUGUCAGGUCUGGUCUCAAUGCAUGGACCGUCUACAAGACCCUGUCCCCUUUAACUAUUGCAAAACUAAAUAACAUUCGCAUAGAAAACCCGACGGCGGGCUACCGCGAUGCACUUAAGUUCAAAAGCUCACUGAUAGACGAAGAACUGAAAAAUAGAUUAAACCAGUACCAGGGAGGCUUUGCAUCGCGAAUGACAGAGCCCGAAGCCUUGCUCAUCUUGGAUAUCUCCGCCAGAGAGAUUAAUCACUUGGAUGAAAAAUUACUGAAAAAAAAGCACAGGAAGGCUAUGGUUCGUAACCACCCAGACAGAGGAGGGAGUCCCUACAUGGCGGCCAAGAUAAAUGAGGCGAAAGAAGUUCUCGAAAGAAGUGUUUUACUAAGAAAGAGAUAA